AUAUUCAGGAUAUCUUAUUUUUCAGAUAGAAAUGGAUUCUGUGACUGAGCCCAGUCCAGGGAAUAAAGGAGGGAUUUUAAAAAUAAAACCUCCGGAGGAAUUUCCUUUCCCAUUUCCACCGUACUCAAUUCAGACACAGUUUAUGGAAGCUUUGUUUAAUACUCUCAAUAAAGGGGAGCUUGGUAUAUUUGAGUCUCCAACAGGAACUGGAAAAUCUUUAUCUUUGAUUUGCGGAGCUUUAACAUGGUUUAUUCAAUAUCAAGCAGCUUAUAAACAGCAGCUAGAGGAGCUAGUACAACAGAAUAAUGUACAGAAGGAUGAUAAUGACGAGGAUGAUUGGUUUGCAGCAGCAGCGGUCAGACAAGAAGUUAAUCAUCAAAGACUUCAGGCAAAAGAAGAACUUGAUAAAAUCAAGAAACGAGAAGAAAAGAUUAAGCGAAUAGUUGAUCGGCGAAAGCAUCUGAAGGUUGUUGAGGACCAGCAGAACGUUGACGAGUUCAACGAUCUCUUCAAAGAGGUCAAGUGGAUUAAGAAGGCUGUGAAUAGAGAGCUUUCACAGGGAGUUGGAGAUGAAGAUAUUCUUCUAGAAGAUUACAACAGUGAAGGAGAAGAGGAAGAUGAAGAAAAUGACCCUGAUGAACCAGAUAAUAGACUCAAGAUAUUCUUUACAUCACGUACUCAUUCACAGCUCACACAGUUUGUCAGAGAAGUUAAGAAAAGUCCUUUCGGGAAAGAUAUUUCAUUAGUAAGUCUGGCAAGCCGAAGUGUAAUGUGCAUCAAUCCCUCAGUUAAAAAUCUUCAUUCACAGGCCGCAAUUAAUGAAAAAUGUCUCGAACUUGGGAAGAAAAAGUCUAAAUCCACCAAAAUCGACACGGAUGAACUUACAGUUAAAAAAUCAAAAUCAGGUGUGUGUCCCUAUAUUAGACCUAGUGGUAUAGAGAAUCUAAGGGAUGAUGCUAUCCUUGGUAUUCAUGAUAUUGAAGACCUUGUAGAGUCGGGGAAGAAAUCUGGUAGUUGCCCAUAUUAUGCAUCCAGGGCUGCUGUACCGCUCUGCGAUCUGGUUGUAUUACCGUACAACACGCUACUCCAUGCCGGUACACGGAAAGCUGUUGGUGUCGACGUAAAGAACAGUGUUGUUAUUAUAGAUGAGGCACAUAAUCUUCUAGAAACAAUCACGGGUAUCCAUAGUGUGGGUGUGUCUGGUCAACAACUCAGCUCCGCCUACUCACAACUCACUCAAUACAAGAAUAAGUAUAAAACUAGGCUUAAGGCGAGUAACCUACUCUAUAUUAAACAAAUACUUUUUGUGAUUUCGAGCUUUAUCAAGUUCUUGGGAGGUUCCCCUGGUAAGGACCCAACCCUUCCUGUCGGCACUAGAGAAGAGACAAAGUUGUCAACUGUCUCCGAGUUCUUGGCUGACACAGAUACCUACAACCAGAACCUUCUCAAGCUCGUCAAGUACUGCAACGUCUCCCAGAUAUCACACAAGCUCCAGGGAUUUGUAGAGAAGUAUAACCCUGCCGUGGACCCAACCAGGGUGGAGGAGACGAAGAAAGGUGUCGGCGCUUUCCUGGAAUCUAUUCAGAAGAAGAAUCAGGAUUCGCCUAAACAGGAGAUAAAGACGGACGGAGAACCUCGAAAGCCAGGUUCCUCUCCGCUCCUGGGGAUAGUGGAGUUCCUAUCAACUCUAGCCACUAAUUUCGGGGACUCAAGGAUAGUGAUUAAAACUGGUUCAACACUAGCUGGGGCUGGGAUUCGGUUCCUUCUGCUAGAUCCAGCAACUCAGUUCAAAGAGAUUGUUCAGAGUGCGCGUUCUGUGGUAGUGGCCGGAGGAACAAUGCAACCUAUUGACGAAUUCAAGCAGCAGCUGUUUAUCGCCGCUGGUGCAGAUGCCACGCGUAUUUCUGAUUUCAGCUGUGAGCACGUGGUUCCAGAGGAUCAUCUACUCCCUGUGGUCAUGUGUACAGGACCUACAGGGGUACAGUUGGAUUUCAGUUUUCAGCACAGAGAUAAUCCUAAACUACUGGAUGAGCUGGGAAGAGUUUUGCAGAAUUGUAUUGCUGUAAUACCAGCUGGGCUGGUCAUAUUCUUCCCAUCAUACGACUACGAAGAGAAAGUGUAUAAGCACAUGGAGAAGGCUGGAUACCUAGACAAGAUAAACCAGAAGAAACUUGUCUUCAGAGAACCCAGAGGAACAGGGGACUCAGAUAAGAUCCUCCAUGAGUAUACACGAACAGUAAAGAUGAGAAAAGAAGGGACACAAGGUGCAAUCCUACUUGCAGUUGUCGGAGGCAAGAUGUCGGAGGGGAUCAAUUUCAGUGAUGAGUUAGGCCGGUGUGUGAUGAUGGUAGGAAUGCCGUAUCCUAACCUUCACAGUCCUGAGCUGAAGGAAAAGAUGAACUAUCUCAACAACAACGUGGCAGCCAUCAACGGGAAGCUGGCAGGUCAAGUACACUAUGAGAAUCUGUGUAUGAAAGGAGUGAAUCAAAGUGUAGGAAGAGCUAUCCGUCACAGAACAGAUUAUGCUUCAAUUCUAUUCCUGGAUCAUAGGUACAGCAGAAGUACUGUACAAGAACAGCUCCCAUCUUGGAUAAGAAAGCAAGUGAGGGUUCAUCCAAAGUUCGGUCCAGUCCUGGGAGAUCUCAGGAAGUUUUAUAAAUCAAGAACAGAAAACUCUCUUAACCAAUAGGAUACAUAUUUGUUCUUAUCAUAAAUACAGCAAGGACCAAUACGCUUAUACAUGCAUGUACAGAACACUGCAGUAUAACAGUGUACAUACUGAUAUAUGUAUGAUUGAAAUUAUGUGAUAGAAGUACCUUAAAUAGCCAUUCAUUUGUAUUUCUUGUUAAAACCAUUUACAAAUUUUAACUAAGUCAUAACUUUUUAUACUUUUUUUAUGACGACAUUUCUGUACGGUUAUGUUUCAGA